GAUCCUGGCUCCCAUGGGAUGGUCCUCCAUCCUCAGGCACUCAUGAAGAAAGGGGAGAAAAGGGGACCAUGAGAAUCGGAUAGAGGCUUUCUUGUUCACCACGGGAUGGCAUCCACAGGAUCUGACUCAAAUCCUGAAGCACCCUGGAGGAUAGAUUCUCUAUUCAUCUGGAGGGCAGCGACUCCGACUCCAUUCUUGCUAAUCUCUAGCACCUGGAUUAUGUAUGGCCUUUGGACAAACCCAUGAGCUGGUUUGCAAUUCAUCCGCCGCCCUCCCGUGCUGUUCCUGCUAUCAGAUGAUGAAAACGGAGAUUGGUCUAGAAGAAAGAAAGAAGGCGCUUUCUUCCCCCUUCCUCGUCUAUUUGAGCCCCCUUUCCUCCCCCAUUACCAUGUGUUCCUCAAACCUGGGAUCCGUCCAAGUCCUAAAUGUGUUGGAAAGUGUAUCCCCCGAGCAGCUGUGAACCUGCUCGGGCCGCAGUGGCCCGGGGUGAACGAGAAACCGAGAGAUAGGGCUGCUAACAAUGCAGCCUCUGUUCUUAUAUGGAGAGCAAGAUCACAAUCAACAUCACACACACACACACACACACACACACACACACACACACACACACAGAGAGAGAGAGAGAGAGAGAGAGAGAGAGAGAGAGAUAUGCACUGACACACAGAGACACAGACACAUGCAAACAGAGACACAUGCAAACAGACACAGAUACACACAGACACAGGCAUGAACACACAUGCACACGCAUGCACAUUUGCCUCCUGAUGCCGUCUACCCACAUCUAUCUAACCAAGUGUUGCCUAGUUUAAACCCAAGGUGGUGAUGACUGGGUCACCAAGCUGGCCUCUAUGAGUGUAGCCUCUUCCCUAGUUUCCACGUCUUUCACUUUAACUUAGCUGGGAAGACUAGGAGGGAGCUGAAGUGGUUGUGGGUUUGGGGGGUGGGUAAGGGCUUGCCUGCAGCCGAAUGGAGUAGCUUUGUCUCCUGACUUCCCACUGAGCUUGUGGACCAUGAAAGACAGUUGGAUGCACAGCCGAAGGGGCUUUACUGGAGCCUGAGAAGGUUUUGGAAAGCCUAUUUGCAGGAAGCAGACAUCCUGGAAAAAAAAAAAAAAACCUCACAGGCAAGUUUUGAAGCAGGCCUGGUUGUGGGGUUGGCAGCCGCUCAAGGCCGUGGUGGAGUCAGGGGGCCUUUCCAUCAGGCCUGAUUACUACCACUCAUGAGCCUUGCCAACUGCAGGCACUGCGUGCCAAGUCCCCACGGGGGUCUGAACCACCCACCGAAACAACCAUACUCAGUCCCAGCACACCCCUCUAGGCUGGGAGCCGGGGCUCUCUUCUAUGACAAGUGUGUAAACUGAGGCUCAGAGCUACCCACCUGCUAGAGGCUGGCCAUGACAAGGCUUAGUAGCCUGGCUCUUUAAUAAAGUUUCUCAUAGGUGGGGUCUGCCAACCUGGUGCCCCCCCAGCUGGAUUUUAAAGCAAGCGGGAGGCAAGAUGGACAUAAAUGCUCCCCAGUAGAAACUGUCUCAGAGUCUGCUCUCCCUAGAUAAGGUGGGUAUAGCCAGGCUCUAGAACAAGAUCUUUGUGAGAGGGGCUAACUGCCAAGAUUCUGUCAAUCCUGAGGCACUGAGAUCUUUUCCAGCUUUGUUCUCUCUCCUUCCUCACACCCACUGGGCCUGAGUUCUGUAAUGUCUGCCUCCAAGCAAUCCCUCAAAUAUUGUCUCCUACUACCUCAAUUCAAGUACAUAUUCAGUAUCUUUCUGAAUCAUCUCCACAUAUCUCCCACCUCCAUGUCUGUGGAUCAAAAUUACACAUGCUCUUCACGUUCCUCAGCCUAAGAGGGUUUCUUACCUUCAGGGUCACAGAUGCUGGUCACAGAUGACAGAUCCUGGUCAUACAAGGCUCACCCUAGUUCAUCGCCUUUAAUCGAUAGCCUGUGUCAAGCAGCUGGUCCAUUCUGUGACACCAUAGUGCCAUUGUUCGCGCUGUUUCUUCCACUUGGCCUAUUCUCCCUCUAACACGGUCACUAAGUGGAAAGCAUCUCCAUCUUUCAGAACGUGACUCAAGUGCCUUGGACUCCAGGGCCACCCCCCUGCUUCUGCUGUUUACCCCACCAGGUUACAAGCUCUCAACCUGUGAUGACUUAACCCUCAGGAGACAUUUGACCAUAUCUGUAGACACUUUUGGUCAUCACAACUUGCGUGUGUAUUGUUAGCCCUAUUGUAGGCCAGGGAGGCUGUUAGAACUACACAAUGCAUGGGGCAGUCCCUCCUGAAAGUGUGUGCCCAGAUGUUAAUUAUGCUGGGCCCUGGAAUAGGCUAAUGGAAUGUCCAAUGUUUGGCCUAAAAAGAUGUCCAACAACUAUUUAUGUAACGAGUGAGUGAUCGGAAUGACCUAGUAGUUAUAUAGUCUCUUACUGUAGGACUGGUUCUCUUUGAGGCCUUCAAAUCAGGUCUUAAGUUCACAAGCACAAGCUUGUCAUGCACAAGCACAUCGAAGAGGAUGGAAUAAAAUGUACACACGUAUCGAAUACUUUGCUUUUGGGUGUGAACACACAUCACAUCUUUUUAAAAGUAGGGGCCUUUGAUAAAGCUUCAGGGAAAUUGCUCCCAUACACUCAUGCAUCAAGAACCAAACCCUUAUUAGCUCAGAGGGAGUAAAGACCCAAGUCCACAUCCUACAUGGGAUGUGGCCAACUUGGAGGCUGCACAGAGAGACUCAUGAAGAUGAUUAAACUCUGGACACCUCCUCUGAUGAAGAAAGGCAAAAGGAAUUGAUAUUACUUAACCCAAAGGAAGUGGGUUUCGAGUGUGCUCCAACCACUGUCAUCCUGGAAGGAGACUGUCAAAUGGAGACAGCUAUCAGCCACUCUUUGGCACCAAUGACCCAAGAGGCAGAAAUAGGCAAGGAGGUCCACCGGCUUACAGACAAAGCAAGCAUGUGUGGGGUUGAGCACACAUCAGGGAAGUUGAUUGGCAGGGCUCUAUGUCUCUUGCCUCUUCCCUAGACUACAUCCCCAUCCUGCCAUUUGCACCAUUAGAAGGCUGGGGACAGGGCUGUCAGGCUUCGGAUCUUGAUUCUAGAACUUUCCUUUGAACUGGAGAGGCAGGAAAGACUAACGACUCUGGGAGACAGAGGGGAAGAAUAUCAGGGAGGGGGAAAAGGUGAGACAGAGGAGAAAGGAAAGCCAGAGCAAAGAGGCAGCUGGAACCACAUCAGGAAAAUGUCGAGGCUGGCUGGCGAGCCAGCAUCUGGAAAACAGACUGGGGGCUAUAUUUAGACCGCCAUGACUUGCAAUAAUUUGUGUGAGGGGGGAAAAGGAAAAUGUGAAGUUGGCGUUGUCGUUUUGGGGAGGGAAUGAGUUAUAAGAAAGGAGCGGCUGGAGGGGGCCAAGCUGUACAUGAGGCCUUGGCCCCUGGCCUCUAGGAGAGGGUUGUUGAACAGCGAGGCCUGUCAGGAGUGAGGGAUGGUGUUUACUGAGCCUAAUCCAGCUCAUGCCCCAGCCCCAGACAUGCCCUGUGCUCCCUACCAAGAAUGUGGGGUGCAUUCCUAGGCGUGCCAGGCAGCUUGUCUCCCACAGCACCCAGAUGCCUCCAGGAUGGUGCGGGGUGCUCUCCUCGGGGGAGAGGAUCAGGCAGGGCUCUGGACGGGGGUCUCACCCGAACAGCACUCUGUAAAUCCUGAGAAUGUGUAUACAUCGCAGAGGCCUUUCUCCAGCUGGAUUAUAAAUAGAGGAUUAGUUCAAAGGCAGGCAGCCUUUUAAAGCGAUGGUGCCAAGCAAAGCCGGCAAACCAAAUACAGUAAAACCUUCCUAAGCCCCUGCUGGUUGAUUCCAAAUAGCAUAUAAGUCAAAGUCACAGCAUUUUCCUGGCUGUAGGUGCCUAGCUGUCCUCUAGUAUCCUCGAGGGUCUGCCUGAAGUGUUGGUGAAACCUCAGUUAUCUAGAUCAGCACACAUCACUUUAGACAGCAGAACAUACCGAUUGGUUUGUUUGUUCUUGUAAAUAACCUGCGUAUGAAAUGCUGUCAUUUUGGAUCAAAGCUUUUCUUUAAAGCUGUCAUAUAAGUAAUAGAUUUUAGUGUAGAGUAUGCUGGGAUUUUUUUUUUUUUUUUUGAGACAGGUUCUAGCUACGUUACCCAGGCUGAUAGAGGACCCAUAAGCUCUAGCAAUCGAUCUUCCUGUCUCGACUUCCUGAGUAGACAGGAUCGCAGAUAUGGGCCAUCCGAUCCAGCUAGGAUGUUUUUAUUUUAAUUUAAUAUUUAAAACUGUGCUUACAGUCAUUUUAAUAAGUAUUAGUCUAUUAUUAUUCUAGUCACAACAGAUAUGUUCAGAUGCGUUCUUUUGGGGAUUCCAUAGGUCUUUUUAUAUUAAAAAAUUUUAUUUAAUUUAAAAUGAUAUGUAUGUGUGUGUGUCUAUAUGAGGGUAUGUUCUUGAGAAUGUGGGUAACAGUGGAAGGGAGAAUUCGGGUUCCCUGGAAACUGGAGUUACAGGCAGUUGUGACCUACCCGAUGUGAACUUAGGUCCUCCAGAAGAGCAGCGUAUGAUUUGUCUUUAGUUUCUUUCUUUUUUUUUCUUUUCUUUUUUUUCUUUUGGAGCUGGGGACUGAACCCAGGGCCUUGUGCUUGCUAGGCAAACGCUCUACCACUGAGCUAAAUCCCCAACCCCUUGUCUUUAGUUUCUUAAAAAACAAUUUUCCUAUCUCUUCUUUCAUAGGCCAGCAGUUACUCUUUCCCUCGAUGUCAAGGAGAAUGUUAUGUCACCAGCAGCAACCUCACAUCCCUUCCUUUUUUUAGUCUAAUUUACUUCCUUUAGUCUGUUCUGGAUUGAGAAACCAUCUAUGUAAACUUAUUAAACUUCUACGUGACCUAAGUGACCAAAAGGGUACCGAUACAACAUGAGUAAGCUUCCCUAUUCCACGGGACUCAACCAGUCAGUCUUAAAGUGCCACAGACCAUUCAGCCCUCCAGGGACACAGUCGUUUUGGUUGUACAAUUCUCUAAACAUUCCAGUAUGGGCUUAGGUGGAUACCUCUGGCUGCUUAGACACCUCCUGGCUCAUCUCCAAGCUCUGGUCUUAUUUUAGAUAGUGAGGUAUGUGGGUAGCUGUGUCCUGGAUAGAGGAAACUUUCUUCUGACUUGACGUCUAUAGUCAUCAAAACUUUGAAUUUGAGGUCACUGAGGGUUUUCUUUUUCCCCUCCUAAACUUAAUCACGCCAGCGGAGAAGGUAUUGAGUUGUAAAUUGUCUCAGAAGUAAAGAUAGGAACUGGAUAUUCAAGGUAAAUGAACACAGGCUAAGCCAACGCAGAGAGGCUGGGACGUGUUUAGAUUGGUGUGUGUGUGUGUGUGUGUGUGUGUGUGUGUGUGUGUGUGUGUGUGUGUCUGUCUGUCUGUCUGUCUGUCUGUCUGUCCAUCUGUCCUCUGGUAAGUAAUGAUCAGAAUCAGUGCUUUAUGCAGUCUUCAAUCAGCCAACCUCCCAGCAGCAAAGAACAGACAUUUUGUAUAGAGAAAGCCGACUAGGCAGAGGAAGUGACUAUAUUCAAUACCAGUAUUUUCAAGCCUUCCUAAGGCUGCAACCCUUUAACACAGUUCCUCAUAUUGUGUUGACCCCAGCCAUAAAAUAAUUUUCAUUGGUACUUCAUAACUGUAAUGUUGCUAUUAUUAUGAACUGUUCAUAUCUUAUAUACAGGAUAUCUGGUGUGCAACCCCCAAAGGGGUGGAGACCCACAUGUUGGGAACCAGUGCUCUCUCUGCUCUGAGGCUAAGAAACAAAGAGGUGACCCUCAGAAGCCCUGCUGCAAAGCCCCAGCCUGAGGCAGUUUCAUUAGCAAGAAUAAAGAGACAGGAAUCUCACAGGAUUUCAGAGGUUGUCCUGAGAGGGAUUCUUCCAAGGAGUUCCUUUAUAAAGGUUUAGCAUCAGACUUGCUUUGUUCUCAUGCGAUAUGCUGUAAAGACACUGGCCUCUUUGCUGAAGGUGUCCAUCAUCUGUUCUUACAAACUACACAGUCAUGACCUCUGGGGCAUGCCUCUCCUCCCUUCUUCACACACGAUUGGGUCAGGACACCUGAGGGUGACCCAUUCGGUGGCUAGCCGACAAUUAUCAGUGAUGGAUGUGGCUUGACACUGAAAACUAGGGUAAAUGAAUCUGCUCAGGGGAAUCUAGAAGUAAAUGGGAAACAUAGGCCAGGGGCCACAGACACAGCACCUGGGAAGAUGUGCCAGUGCAGAUGGAGUGGGGUCCAUCCCAAAGCUGACCUUAGUGAGGUGGCAGUCGCUGGCAGUGAGGCUCAGAGAGCAGAGCAGAGGUUCAGUGAGGGACCACUCGUGAGAGCCAGAGCUGAGCCCCCUGAAGCUUGUCUUUUCCUGUGAGUCCCACUUACAUUCAUGUUCCUGACCCUGAAAGACUUAAGAGCUGGCUUGAGUGGGUCUCUGUUGUCCUGCAACAAAGCUGCCAUGUUCCCUGUAAAACAGUUGCUGCGACCCUUGGAACUCAAAGCUAGAGCCAUCAAAAUGCGACCUUUUCUAGCCUAAGGAGUUACUCUUAAAAACAUUUUCCUCCUUCCUGUCCGGCCGCCAUCGGAAAGCUGCAGCCAUGGCCCUGCGCUACCCCAUGGCCGUGGGCCUCAACAAAGGCCACAAAGUGACGAAAAAUGUCAGCAAGCCGAGACACAGCCGCUGCCGCGGGCGCCUCACCAAGCACACCAAGUUCGUACGAGAUAUGAUCCGGGAGGUGUGCGGCUUCGCGCCCUACGAGCGGCGUGCCAUGGAGCUGCUCAAGGUGUCCAAGGACAAGCGAGCACUCAAGUUUAUCAAGAAGAGGGUGGGCACGCACAUCCGCGCCAAGAGAAAGAGGGAGGAGCUGAUCAACGUGCUGGCAGCCAUGCGCAAGGCAGCGGCCAAGAAGGAUUGAUGACCCCUCCCCCAAUAAAAGAUGGUUCUUAAAAAAAAAAAUUUCCUCCAAGGACCCC